AUGUUCACCAACCUCUUUAAGGCCAUGCCUGCCCGGGCCGGCGCCUUCGCCUCUAUGAAGACGCCCGUCCAGGCUCGCUUUAUGGCUACUGUUCGCCAGCGGGCUGCCAUGGAGCCUGCUACCUUCACCAUUCGUGAUGGCCCCAUGUUCACCGGCAAGUCGUUCGGUGCUCGCUCCAACAUCUCCGGCGAGGCCGUCUUCACCACCUCUCUGGUCGGAUACCCCGAGUCUCUGACCGAUCCCUCCUACCGCGGCCAGAUUCUGGUCUUCACUCAGCCUCUCAUCGGUAACUACGGUGUUCCCUCGGCUGAGAAGGACGUCAAUGGCCUUCUCAAGUACUUCGAAUCCCCCAACCUGCAGGCGGCCGGUGUUGUCGUCGCCGAUGUCGCCGAGCAGUACAGCCACUGGACUGCCGUUGAGAGUCUGGGGUUCGUCCUGGCCAAGAUCACUGUUGGCGAGGAGUACGACGCCAACGAGGACGAGGCUUUCACCGAUCCCGAACAGAUCCACCUGGUGCGUCAGGUCAGCACCAAGCAGCCUUUCCACAUCAGCGCUCCCGAUCCCACCUCGCACGUUGCUGUGAUCGACUGCGGUGUCAAAGAGAAUAUCCUGCGGAGUCUGGUUGGCCGUGGCUCUAGUGUCACCGUCUUCCCCUUCGACUACCCCAUCCACAAGGUGGCCCACCACUUCGAUGGUGUCUUCAUCUCCAACGGCCCUGGUGACCCUACCCACUGCCAGGACACUGUCUUCCACCUGCAGCGCCUGAUGGAGUCAUCCCAGGUCCCCAUCUUCGGUAUCUGCCUGGGUCACCAGCUACUGGCUCUGGCCGCCGGUGCUAGCACCAUCAAGCUCAAGUACGGUAACCGCGCUCACAACAUCCCGGCCCUGGACCUGAGCACUGGUCGCUGCCACAUCACCAGCCAGAACCACGGUUAUGCUGUUGACGCUUCCACCCUGCCCUCGGACUGGAAGCCGUACUUCACCAACCUGAACGAUGCUAGCAACGAAGGCAUGAUUCACAAGUCUCGUCCCAUCUUCAGCACCCAGUUCCACCCCGAGGCCAAAGGCGGUCCCCUCGACUCCUCCUACCUCUUCGACAUCUACCUCGAUAGCGUGCUCAAGUACAAGCACAGCCAGGCCGGUCUGUACCCUCAGCGUGACAGCCGCCCCAGCCCCAUGCUGGUCGAUCUGCUUGCCAAGGAACGUGUCGGCGUCCAGCCGACCAUUGGCAUGCAGAACGUGGCCGCCGCCGCUGCCGCUGCUGCCGCCGCAUAA